AGGAGAGGAGGGAGGGAGUAGAGGGGAAGGGAGGGGGAGGCGGCACUUGGGCUGCAGCUUGCAACCAGAGGCAGUCUCUCUCAGCUCUCGGGAGGGACGGGGAGCAGCAGCCGCGGAGUAGGAUGCUCUGCGGGGCGCCCUGAGCCGGGGGCGCGUGAAGCAGCUUUGGGGGCCGGGGCCGGGGCCACAGGGCAGCUUUCACCAUGCAUCAGUCCCUGACUCAGCAGCGGUCCAGCGACAUGUCCCUGCCGGAUUCCAUGGGAGCCUUCAAUCGGAGGAAAAGAAACUCCAUCUAUGUCACCGUGACUUUGCUUAUUGUGUCCGUAUUAAUACUCACGGUGGGCCUCGCUGCAACCACCAGGACCCAGAAUGUGACUGUUGGAGGUUACUACCCAGGAGUUAUUCUCGGCUUUGGAUCAUUCCUCGGAAUCAUCGGAUCAAACCUCGUAGAGAACAAACGGCAGAUGCUGGUGGCUUCCAUCGUCUUUAUCAGCUUUGGUGUGAUUGCAGCCUUCUGUUGUGCGAUAGUCGAUGGGGUCUUUGCUGCCAGACACAUUGACCUGAAACCACUCUAUGCUAACCGGUGCCACUAUGUCCCCAAGACAUCCCAGAAGGAAGCUGAGGAGGUCAUAAGUUCCUCAACCAAAAAUUCUCCUUCCGCGAGGGUUAUGAGGAACCUUACCCAGGCAGCUCGAGAGGUGAACUGCCCUCACCUCAGCCGUGGAUUCUGCACACCUCGCAUCCGGGGCAACACCUGCUUCUGCUGUGACCUCUACAACUGUGGCAACCGGGUGGAGAUCACCGGUGGCUACUACGAGUACAUCGACGUCAGCAGCUGCCAGGACAUCAUCCACCUCUACCACCUGCUCUGGUCCGCCACCAUCCUCAACAUCGUUGGCCUGUUCCUGGGCAUCAUCACUGCCGCUGUCCUGGGGGGCUUUAAGGACAUGAACCCAACCCUCCCGGCACUGAACUGUUCUGUUGAAAAUGCCCAUCCAACUGUUGCCUACUAUGCUCGUCCUCAAGUGGCCUCCUACAAUACCUAUUACCAUAGCCCUCCGCACUUGCCGCCUUACUCUGCUUAUGACUUUCAGCAUUCCAGCAUCUUUCCAUCCUCCCCUCCCUCUGGACUUUCUGACGAGCCCCAGUCUGCCUCUCCUUCGCCCAGCUACAUGUGGUCCUCGAGUGCUCCACCCCGAUACUCUCCACCCUACUAUCCGCCUUUUGAAAAGCCACCCCCUUACAGCCCCUAAAGAAUGCCUGCUGGCUGUUGAGAUUGUUGUGGCUUUUGUAUUUCUGCUUUAGUGGAAGUGUGUAGGGUACAAAAGUUAAAGUCUGAUUCUUGCGCCUAAAGUUUUCCGAUGGCCUGCAGGCUAGGGAAAGAUAGAGAAGCUUAUUUGUUAUCAGUGCAGAGCUCCCAGGGCAGCGCACUCUCAGCAAGGCCCGAGAGCCAUCCCAGCAAGAAAUUUGUCAUAUAUGGACCUGCAUUACCCUAUGGCUCCACCUCUGUAUGCAGCAGAAGCGUGCCUGCCACCUGCUUCACUUUGUGCAAACGGAGUGUUGUCCUCGGGCCCUUGGCAGAUUGCCGCCCAGCACCUUGGUUGAAACACCUGGCUUGUAAGGCCCUAUCUUUUCCUACCACUUAAGUCAAUCCCUAAGGAAAAUUUCCCAGGUGAUGGGGCUACAUGGUAGUUCCAGUGCAGAGAGUUCUGGCUAAGAUUUUGUUUGCCCGUGUCUGGAUGUUGAAAAAGAGCUGCCCGAAUCUCUUACUCCUUUCUUCUCUGUAUUGUAAAAAAAUGGCUGUUGUGAUCAUUCAGCUCAGCUUUUGUGAUUGGUACCUCCCAAAGGGAAAAGUGCAAUAUUCCUUCGGGUUUAUGGGGAACAGGACUGAUUGUUCAAGAAGCACUGAAAUAACAGAGCAACACGUGAAGCGUUUUAUGUAGAUCUCAGUUAUACGUCAGAUAACUUGAGAGAUGUUGGCUCGACUACAUAUUGCAGAUGCUGCAGGAGAUAGAAAUCUUACGGUUAAAAUUCAGAGUUUAAAAAUGCUAGAUUAGGUUCUUGGGUCGUGUUAUGAACUGUUAACUAAUCUUUGUGACUAUUUAAUCUUCAAAUAUUGUGCUUCAACCCCAGCAAACCGCACGUAUCCUGCACCCCACCCCAAAAGAAUCAUCAGUAUUUUAAUGCCACUGCUCUUAUUGGUCCUUUUUUCUGUUGAGACCAAUCAUGACAGCGUUCAAGAUUAUGAGUGUUACAAUGCCGCUUCAAGCCUGCAAAACCUCAAAUGUAGCCAACUUGACAAAUUCUUAAGUGUUAUCGUAUAUUUAAAAUCCAUCUGGCCCACCGUGGUAGGUAUUUUUAUAGUUCUUUUACUUACACAAAGCUUUAAACCUCAAUCUGAUGAAUUUAACACUUUGGCACCCACACCUUCACUUCAGAAUGAACACUUUCAUUGCAAUCUCAUCAACCUAAGAAUUGACUGAUUUUAAAGGAAGACUGAUGAUUCUACACUUGCACAACAUUAAAAUAUAGGGCUAUAGGAGGGUACCUAAUUAAGACAGUUUCGCAGACACAGAACACAUACAGGAAAAAUUUCCAGCCAAUUUUGCUACCUCCCAACUUGAUGGAUUAGAGGUAGCAGGCAAACGCUGGUGCUCCCAUCUACCUUACAGACACCCAGCCAUCAAGAAUUAUCAAGGCACAAGUGCCCACAUUGCUCACAGUAAAUGUUUGCAAAACAUCCAGUUUAACUUUUAGCAUCAUGAAUGAUGUCUCAUCCAGAUUUCAAAUUUGAACAACUCUAAUCCUUUUGCGUUAUAUGAAAUUACUAUUAUUUUCUACAGUUCUAGCAUAUUAAAAUUCUAUUGGAUUUCAAAAAGGGUCUAAUAACCAAUUGACUAUACAAAUGUCAACUUGUAAUACUCAAUGAAUUUUUUUUUGCUGUUUACACUUUACAUUUUGCUUUAGUGAACAUACGAGUAUUUAUUUUGAAAAGGCACCAUUACACAGUAUAUCCUACAUUUAUCACAUUUCUUAAAAGUGUUAAGAUUCUAUGACUCAUUUCUAUGUAUUUUUCUUACUUUACAAAAUAACUUGAAACUAUAGAUUUUGUAACACUUAAUUUGAGCAGCUUCUUUUUUUAUUAUAUUGAAUUAUAAAGUGCAUGUUACCUUAGAAAAAUUAAUAUUUGCUGCUUUACUCUUUUGCAAAAACAUUUGCUGUAAUGAAAGAAUUUGUAUUUCCAAAAUGUACCUUGAUUGCAUUUUGUAAUAUUUACUGCUUUAUUCCAAAUCCUGCUUCAAAGUAUUGAACUGGGCAUGAAAUAUUAAAAUAUUAAUCCAGAACCCAUAUAAACUGGAUGUUGCUUAAAAUCUGUAUCACUGCCAUGUUGGAAACCCAAACUGCUUUUGUGAUGUUUCAAAUUAAUAAAAACCAUCCUCCUCCUUAUCACGUGUGUCUUCAGAGAAUCAACAAAAAAAGUAUCACAAAUGCUCUAAAGCAACUGACAGCAGCUGACUCACUUUUGACUAUUAUGGUUCAAGGCACAAUGGGCAUGCAAUUAACCAACAUAAAAAGCCUAACGGGAAAUCUUGUCAUGCUCUCAUCAGAAAUACAGUUCCAGUCGCCUGCUACAAAAAUUGAAAAACAGAAUAUAAAAGUCUAUAAAAUUUCUGAAAGGUCAUCUUGUAAAAAAUACACUCAAAAAUCAGAAUUAAAAACAUUUUAUUUUUGCCAUAAGAAGCUCUACGAACUAAUAUCAGGUAACGGUUAAUGAAAAGUAGAACUUAAAGUCAUGACAGGGGAGAUUGUACAAGUAUCAACAUUACAGUAUUGGGUAGAAAUGAACAAGGUUUCAUAUGAUUGACAGAAGUGAGAAAGCCAGUGCUGUUGAAUUAGCAGUGAAUUCUUUAGAAUAUGCCUGCCUUGGCAAUGCAAAAUACCGCAAUCAUGUUUACCAUUCGUUUUAUCUUUUUGGUACGAGAAAAAUGGAACAUCCAAUUCCUCAUAAUGGUUGUAUGUGGUGGAUCGUUACCACCAAAAGGAUAAUAACGAUCAUUUAAAAUAUAAAGUGAAUCUUGCAAGACUGCUAUGGCACUUAAAAAUCUUGGCUUAGUUUGAGCAUUUUCAUUUUCUGUCAUCUCUUUUAACAAACUGUUAUUUCAAACAGAACCUAUCCAAAAUAUUUAUAGGUAAUUUGGCUUAAGAGCAAAUUUGAGGCCAACUUGAGAGAAAAAAAUAGGAAUUUCAACUGCCAGAAAACUAAGUAUAAAAUAGAAAAACCCCAUCAUAAGUUUUGAACAGCAUCUUGCUAUUGAUUUCCAACCCCAUAAAUGCUGGUAGUGAAGGGGUUUAACCCCAUAGGAGUAUUCCGCAUGAAUUCUGAACUUUGGAUAUAGAGACUUCUAGAGAAACUGAAGAUCCUGACAUACGUGCAAGUAAGAGUCUUCUGGCAAAAAUACAAUUUAAAGUGAAUUUUCCAGUUUUCCUCCUCCCCAAAAAAACUCUACAAGAUACCUUCAGUAGGCCAAGUAGAAAUUUGAUACUCAGAAUUUACACAGAGCACAGCAGAAGCAAAUAAUUAUAUCCAGAUAAUUCAGAAUGGAUAGUUUUCCAUUGUAGAAUUAAUUCCUGGUUUGUCAUAAUAGCAAGUUAUGACAAACUAAUUUACCUUGCAGUUAAGUCUGAAAGGACUGGAAGCUCUGCUGGCAUCAGCAUCAUUCACCCUUUAGGAGAAUUAUGUCUAACUGGUGAAACAGCAUUAAUGAAACAAAUUGCCACUGACAAUAUUUCAGUAUAUACCCUAUAGUUAAAGAGUAAUGUUAUCAAUGCCUGCACAGAAAGGAAACAGAUACUGCAAUUCCAGAGAUCAGAGUCUUAAGUUAUAAAGUAAUUUAAAAUUUUCCAAGGAUUAGUUUAGACUGGUCUAAAGGUCUCAACUCACAGAACAGAAAACAGAUGCACAUCAUUCUAAUCCUUGGUAAGCAGAGGAUUGUAUUGUUUUUCUUCCUCCUUAUAUUACUGCAAAUACUGAUGCCUGAUACCCUCAGCUACCAUCGUAAGAAACACUGAAACCAUUAACUUCAAAACUAGCUUACUGUUAAAAGAA